CUAUAUAAGAUAAUUAGGUAUGUAACCCCUAGAUCUAUAAUGUCUGCUAGUGUACCAGUGUGUGAACUAGAUCAGGAGUUAAGAACAAGAUUAAACAAAAUAAAGAGACUGAGCACUAAAUCAGGAAUAGCGAUCAUUAUGAAGAUGGAUAAGGAGCUGGGUACUAUCGUUGAGGAUGAAUAUCUGGAUGAUUGUUCUGUGGAUGAUAUUAAGGAAAGCUUACCAGGACAUCAGCCAAGAUACUUGCUAUAUACCUUCUCCCACAAGCAUAAAGAUGAACGAGUAACCUACCCUCUAGUAUUUAUAUUCUAUUCACCUUUAGGAUGUAAGACUGACCUGUCUGUGAUGUAUGCAGCGAGUAAGGUCAACUUAAUAAGGGAGCUGGAUAUCGGGAAAACAUUUGAAAUCAGAGAUCUUGAGGAGUUUACUGAAGAAUGGCUGAUUAAAAAUCUUAAACUAGCGUAAAUAGCAGUUUCAACUAACCUACUAGAUCAAGAAUAUUUAUGCACAAAAAAAGAUGUGUACAAGCAAUUAAUCUUUUCAUGCAUGUAAGUAUGUAAUAAUAUAUAUAUGUGAAUUCUGUAUUUACGGUUGAUUUAUUAUUGAUAUAUUAUAUAUACCAUUUGUAAAUGGGUGCCAACAGAACAUGCAAAUGUAAUUAACAAAUUUGCAAAUUUAAAAAAAAUCUGUAUCGAUUC